AUGAGCACGACGCACACGAACAAGCGGCUGCCGGUUAGCUGCGAGCCCUGUCGCAAGCGCAAGAUCCGCUGUCCGCGCAAUGGGCCGCCGUGCGACACCUGUAUACGCCGUGGCCUGGGGAUGGCGGACUGCUUCUUCCUGGGCCAGUCGCGCAACCCCUUGAACGCAACCUCCGCCGAGUCGUCCAAGAUCGUCCAGCAGGAGCUGUUGCAGCGCAUCCGGAACCUCGAAGACCUGCUCAAGAAGCACGUCGGGCAUGCCAUCGUCCAGGACGAGCCCGUAUCGCCGCCGACGACGAAUGUGUCGUCCAACACCCGUCACGGCUCCGAGAGCGACAGCAAGAGCCACAGCAACAGCAACAUCAACAGCAGCAGCAGCAGUUCAGAGCUCACGCAGAGCUUUCUGCAGAAUGUCGGCUCGCUCUCGAUCUCGCCGCAGGGCCAUGUUCGCUUCGAGCCUCAGUCGUCGAAGCUGGACUUCCAUCUCGCCCAGAUCUCGGCGAGCGAGUACCGCAACCAGGUCAACAGCGCCAACGUCGAGAAGCCCAGCGGGUUCCCCUUUGGCUGUGACGACCCGGCAUCGCGAGACAGGCUGCUGGCCCGUCUGCCGCCGAGCAGAUACUGUGAUGCCCUGAAGGACACGUACUUUCGAGUGUUUUCUCCGCUGUUUCAUAUAUUGCACGAUCCUACUUUUGCUGAAGAGUAUGAGUGCUUCAGACAGGAUCCAGGCUCGGUGUCUCUAUCAUGGCUGGCUCUGCUCUUUGUCGUCCUGGCAAUCGGCGUCACCAGCCUGGACGACGACGACCCUCUGCUCCCCGAUCUGGGUCGGGAGUCUACUCCAAGCGCCAAUAUCAGGGUCAUCUCAGAGCAGUACCGGUCAGCGGCCAUGCAAUGCCUUGCUGCAGACCAGGUGCUGUCCCGGCAUUCCAUGAAGACCCUCCAGGCAUUGGUACUUUUGAUCUAUGCCCUCACGCAUAGCUCUCAGCCGUCAUGGGUCCUCAUCGGCAUGACCCAUCACGUAGCCAUUGCCAUGGGCUGCCAUCUCGACCCAGAUAACUUCGACCUCUCUCUGGUCGAAGCUGAAGAACGCCGGCGGUGCUGGGCUGGGCUGAUCAUGCUGCAUAUGAUCCAGAAGAUCUCCUUCCGCAACCUCGACCGCCAGCGUAUGAGUCGUGACGUUCGUCUUCCCCUGGACGCCAACGAUCUUGACCUGAUGAAGGGCAGUGGUCUCACGAUGGACCAGCUCCGCCAUCCUACCGGCCCUACACAGAUGACAUAUCUCCUCUUCAAGUUCCGUCUCUACGAUAUUGCCUUGGCCAUUUGUAAUGAGAUCUUUUCCUCGGAGACAUCACCUUCUGUCAUUGCCAAAUUGGACAAUGAUAUAUCUAGCCAACAGGAGCUUUGGACCACACGAUACCAUUCCGACACCAGUGUCGAGCCGCUGCCCAGCCAGCAUUUUGCUCACAUUAACAUCCUCUUCGGCUACUCGCACCAGCUGCGUCUGCUACUGCAUCGUCCCGCCCUCAACCGCUAUCUAACCGGGGAUAUAAACGACCGCACCCAUAGUUCUCGGAAUCGCUGCCUUGACGCUGCAAAGGGCUUGCUAUCCAUCCAAAAGACCCUUGCUGAAUCGCCACAGUACGCACCCUAUAAAUGGUACACGGCUGGGUUGGCUAGCUUCCACGCCUUCCAUGCCGCCGUUGUCCUCACCGUGAUCAUGAUGAAUCCUGAAAGCCAGGCGGAGUAUGAAGAGAUUCAUGGCCUGUUGGUGGAUACGUUGCAGGUCUUCCAUAUACUUUCGAGUAGGAGUAGUUUGUGCGAGAAGGGGAUACCAAUCCUUAGUCAGUUACUUGAGCUGGCAUCCCCUCAGCCCCAGCAUCAAACCUUACCGCAACAACAAUCACAGCCACAGUCACAUUCUGACCUCAUGCCCACCACUCUCUCAUCACCGCAAGAUGCCGCUCUCCCUCUCCUCUCGCACGGGGCCCCGGUACCAGAACCAGCAUUCAACUUUGCAAACCCGCACGCUGAAACUAUCCAGUCCCAGCUCCAGGCCCAGUACUGGGUCACGGCUGGCGGUAUCCCAUGGAAUAACUGGGGAUUCCUUAUCCAUGAAGUAUAG